AGAGCGGCUCGGGGCGGGGUGCGGGCGGGGGGCUGCCCGGGGAGGGGCCGCUCAGGCCGCGCGCCCACCCCAUCACCGCGGUCCGCGCCCGGCCAGGAGGAUGUGCGGCGCCGGGCUCUGAAGCAUGGAGGGGGUUCUGUACAAGUGGACCAACUAUCUCACAGGUUGGCAGCCUCGUUGGUUUGUUUUAGAUAAUGGAAUUCUGUCCUAUUAUGAUUCACAAGAUGAUGUUUGCAAAGGGAGCAAAGGAAGUAUUAAAAUGGCAGUUUGUGAAAUUAAAGUUCACUCAGCAGACAACACAAGAAUGGAACUAAUCAUUCCAGGAGAGCAACAUUUCUACAUGAAAGCAGUGAAUGCAGCCGAAAGACAAAGGUGGCUGGUUGCUCUGGGAAGCUCCAAAGCCUGUUUGACUGAUACUCGGACAAAAAAGGAAAAAGAAAUCAGCGAAACCAGCGAAUCUCUGAAAACCAAAAUGUCUGAACUUCGCCUCUACUGUGACCUCCUAAUGCAGCAAGUUCACACAAUCCAAGAAUUCGUUCACCACGACGAGACUCAUUCCUCUCCCAGCAUAGAGAGCAUGAACGAAGCCUCUUCUCUACUUAGUGCCACGUGUAACACAUUCAUCACAACACUGGAAGAGUGUGUGAAGAUUGCCAAUGCCAAGUUUAACCCCGAGAUGUUCCAGCUUGCACAUCCGGAUCCCUUAGUCUCUCCUGUGUCACCGUCUCCUGUUCAGAUGAUGAAGCGUUCUGUCAGCCACCCUGGCUCUUGCAGUUCCGAGAGGACUAGUCACUCUGCAAAAGAACCAAUGUCUGCACUUCAUCGACUUGCACAGCGUCGCCGCAGAACCUACUCAGAUACAGACACUUGUAAUGAUAUUCCUCUUGAAGAUCCAGAGAGACCUGUUCACUGUUCAAGAAAUACACUUAAUGGAGACUUGGCAUCAGCAGCCAUUCCUGAAGAAAGCAGACUUAUGGCCAAAAAAAAAUCAGAGUCAGAAGAUCCUCUUCCAUCCUUCUCUUCCUGAGGAAAUGGAAGUGUCCAGCUUCCUUGAAGUAUUGCUAUGCAAAAGCUGCUGUGAUUAAACUAUUGUUAUAGGGAGUAGUUUUUCCCUUAGGACUUCUCUGCACUUUAUAGAAUAUUGUAAAACAAACUGAACAACCCACAUACUUUUGAGUGUAUUUUAUCUUUAUAUAGUUUAUUUGCAAGAGUAUUUUCCUAAUAAUUCCACAGUGUGAAUGUGCAUCUGUUUUUCCUUUUUUUUUUUUAAAUAAAGAUGGUAUAACAUUUUGACAUCUCAUUCGUAAGGAACAGAUGUAGAUAUUUUUCUAAAAAAAAAAAUCUGUGAGGGACUGACAAUUUUGUCAGUGUGUAUUGUGGUUUAGAAACAUGAAAUCUUAUAAAAAAAGGUUUCGGUUUGGCAGAAGUCUGAUGUCUGUGAUUUGUGCCAUGGACCAAAUGGUCACUUUGCUCCAGCUCAAAAUGAGUCACGAUAGCAGCUUGAUGGUGAUUAUAUUGUAUUCCUUUAAGCAAAAAAAGGAAACACUUCAUUAUCUCGAUUAUUUCUAGCCCAAAUGCCAUCCUAUUCUGAGCAUUGAAAAACAGAAAACAAAAACCAGACUGUGCUGUCCUUCAUAUGUGAAGGUGACACUACUGAUCUGUCAGUACCCAGUGUUGAGUUCCAGUGCUUAAUUUGUAUUUAUUUAUUUUUGUUGCUCAUCCAGAAGUGAAUUGCAUCCUAAUUUUUAUGACCUUCCAAGUUAAAGAUGUGUAGGCGCCAUACUUCGUGGUUUCAAAUAAGAGGUGUGUGGGGUCUUGCGCUCACAUCUGAAAAAUCCAUGGCUUUCAGUGAAAGAGAAUAUUAUGCUUUUUUCCCCCUCUAAGGCAGACAUUAAGCUGCUAUUGUAAAGUAUUACACUUGCAGCCCGCUAGAUUACCUAGAGACAUUUUUAAUUUAUGACUACUUGUACAAGAAAGAGAUUCUGCCAAGGCAGUUACUCUAUAUCAUUUGAGAGUAGAUUGUAUUCCAUUAAGGAAAAACAUCCCAUCUUUGGUAGUGCCUGUACAUACCUUUUUGUCAGUGUUUGCCUUGUAAACUGUUUUUUGAAAUUUAGUUAAGAGUGACAGUUUUGUCCAAGGUCUUGGAUGAGGAGCACUUUAAAGCAAACUGGUUUGGUGUUUUUAAGUUAAUCAUAUGUUUAAUAAAUAUGUUUUUUGCAUUUAAAUUCAGCAUAUAAUAUAUUGUAUUUUUUACAUUUAUCGAUAUUCUGUGUAGUCUUUAUGAAAUGUUAGUAGUAUUCUUUAUUACUUUGAUUUUGUCUGUAUGUUUGGGACUCCUGAUGAAUACACAAAUGAGGCAUAUUUUAGGUUUUUUGCCCACGAGCUCUGAAUAGUAUGGUCUGUUUCACUUGUGGGGAAAUUUUUUUUGAGUUAAUAUUUGGUAUUUAUUUUACUAAGAUUUAUAAUCAUGUUUUUAUCCUUAAGUUGAAAAUGGCUGUAAAUCAUUUAUAUACAUUAAUAUGUAUUUGGAUAAACUGAAUGCUUCUUAAAAUUUGGGAAUUUGUUUCAUUUUAUUUCAUUUUUGUGGUGCUACGGAUUGAACCCAGGGCAUCAAAGUUUCCACAUGACAGGCACGUGCUCUACCACCGAGCCUCAUCCCUAACCGUCUAAAGGAUCUGUGAUUUUUCAAUAGCACAUAGGUCAUUGCACUAAAUGUAGUGCUUCUCAGAUGCUGUAUGUCAUGUCUAAUUUGAAAAAAAAAAGUUCACAUUUAGCGAAUAGUUAUAGUUUUGGCUUUUUUGAACUUCAUUUUCUUUGGGGUGGGAACUUGAACAAUGAUUAGACCAUGAAAUGCAGAGUGCUUCUGAUAGGGAAUUUUCCUGAUAGUGAUUUUUCAACCAGUAGGUUUAUAAUGAAAAGAUAUUAUAUAGGAAAUUAGUUCAGUUUCCAUUACUUUAUCAGAAAACAAGUUCCUGAACACUUUUGUGUAAAUUUAAAAAAAAUAAAUGCAAUAGUUUCUAGUUUGAGUCAUUUUUUCCCCCUUAGAAGCAGGUAUUUGGAACAGGUUUGCUGGAGUCCCCGGUAUGGCUUUUAUUGUGAAUUGCAGCCACUUUUCUUUAUUUAGAACCACAAUAUUCCUUCUUUAGAACCACAGAAAAGAGAAGUUUUUUUCUUUUAUGAGUGAUUAUGAAUGUGUUUUUAAUUACAUCUAGGUCUUGGAGUGAAUAAACCACUGUAUAAAAGUAUCAGGGAAUCUUGCAUUUGAAGGAAUGUUUCAAGUGUGCCUGACUAUUGAAUUUUAAGAAAAAUUUGAAUGUAAAAAAUUUAUCAUAAGGAGAAUCCUCUAAAAAUUUUAUCUUGUGAGGGUUUUUGGUGUUUAUUUUGGGCAGUCUGGGAGGCCUCCCAAGCAGUGAUAAGGAAGCACUCCUGUGGCUCUUCAGGCCAUAGCCAGAUCAUUCAAUAACUGGGGCCCAAGAUUCUUGGGGACCAGGCAGUGCCAAGGACCGAACUCAGGGCCUCAUGCAUGCUUGGCAUAUGUUCUAGCUCCCUGACCCAUCUCCCUGUUCCUCUUGUCAGGAUUUUCCAUGAUAUACUGCUACUAGCAUUUUCAAGCUUUGUCCUGGGGUAGUUGAAAAAUUGGGAGAAUCUUCUCUUGACAUUCCAGUGAUCUCAGCGAAACUAGUGGCUACUUUAUUUUUUUUUCCAAAUAUCUGGUUGGAAUUGCUAGCCACCAUGAUGAAAGAGGCUUUGAAGAGAAGAAAUAUAUAAAUUGACCAGAUUUGAAUUUUGUUAUAUAUUAGAUUGAAUUAUUAUAUUAUCUUCAAUCAGGAUAAUACUGCUCCUUUAAUUUAUCAAGGCAAGAGAUUGACCAUCUAAAUUUUAUGGUGCCAUGGGACCUGGGCACUAACGGGCAGCUUUUUCACUGUGCCUUUUCACUUAGUAUUUAGAAACUCACCACAAGAUCUCAGGCAGUGUACUACUGCAGCAUAUUAAUACUAUUCGCUUUAUAGCAAUACCACAUAUAAUAUUGUGAAUUUGAACACAAUGAAGUCUACUUCUUUUAUUGAAUGAAGUGCCUCUUUUCAAUGUGUAUUUUGUUUUUGUUGGGCCUCACCCAGCCUGAGGCUUACUUCUGGGUUUGUACUCGGGUCACUUCUGGUGGUCUUGCGGGGGACCACUUGUGAUGCUGGGUCGGCUUGCCUUCUGGACUGUCUCUCUGGUCCUGGAUGUGUCCUUUGAGCCUAACAGUUGCGACCUGAUGCAGGAGUGUUCUGGCCUGAGAGCAGCCCUCAUACCUGCAGACAUUCCAUGACAAACUGAAAAUCAUGCUGGGGUGAGAAAGCUCAAGUAGGUAGACAGGGCUUUCUUUUCAUGUGGCUUUAGUACCCAAGAUCCCCUUUCUUUCAGUCCUACUGGAUUUAUAAGUUUUAAGGUUCUUAUUUAUUUUUUUGCUUUUUUGGGUCACACCUGGCGAAGCACAGGGGUUACUCCUGGCUCUGCACUCAGGAAUCACCCCUGGCGGUGCUCAGAGGACCAUAUGGGAUGCUGGGAAUCGAACCCGGGUUAGCCGCCUGCAAGGCAAAGCCCUACCCGCUGUGCUAACUUUCCAGCCCCAGUUUUAAGUUCUUUUAAGUUGAGCUUUUUCUUUCCCCAACAAAGUUAUUAACUUUUUGACUAAAGUUUUAAACAAAAAUCAAAUGGUACUAGACAGCCUAUAUGAAGAAACUCCAUGCCCCAGAGACGCAUAUUUUCUACUCUGAGUGGUUUUAGUAUUCAUCUUCCAAUAUGAAAGUUAUCUAUCUUGAUUUAUCAAUUCAGAAGUGAUUUUUUAAAUUCCUUUUUAUGGUAGGAUUUACUUCUAAAAAUGGAUUUGUAAUUUAUUAAGAUAGCAUUUGUGUACUGUGCUUUAUUUGCUAUAAGGGUAUAUUGUCACCAUCCCAGGCCCACCACCAUAAUGCCAGUAUCACAUACACUUCCAGGGGACUCUACCCUUACCAUGGUGGGUAAUUUCUGGACCAGCGACCAUAUUUAAGGUCUGCAAAAUCAUGUGGUCUGGCCCUGGAACAUGGUGAGAUAGAUGCUUAGGCUUCUCAGUGGCUGGUCUGCCUGUAUUGUGUGGCCCAUGAAUGAUACAGAUAUUCAAAUGUCCCUUGGCAAAGACAUGGUUCCCCAUCCAUCCUUAUACUUUACUUUCUUUAAGUAAAUUCACUUUUGUGUUUGGCAUCUAGAGUUGGUUUUCAUUGGCUAUCUCUCUUCUUGCUUUAUUUUGAUAGAACAUAUAGGUAGAGAUCACAGUCAUUUGUCUUUUUUCCUUCUGACUUACACCCUUCAGUUUCAUGUAUACUGCAGAAAGGGGGGGGAAAGAUUGCUUACCCUGUAACUUCUUUAUCCGCACAGCUGCUGUUAGACAUGGGUUGAUUUUAGAAAUAGGUUUUUGUAAACAGCUGCAGUAGACAAACGUGUGCCUAUAUUUUUUCAAAUGAGUGUCUUUGUAUUCUUAAGAUUGCCCUCUGGAAAUGGAUUUACUGAUGGUGGAUCUUUUUGUAAUUUUUUGACAUGUUUCCAGACUUUUCCAUAGAGGUUUACAUUCAUACCACAGGUGAGUGAGGGUUCCUUUUUCUCUCCUUCACCAGCACUUAUUGUUUCUGACCUUUUUGUAUGGACUAUUCUUGCCUGGGUGGGAUAAUAAUCUCACUAUUCCUGUGUUAUCUUUUUGUGGGAGGUUGGAAGUAAAUAAAACAAAUACUUGUGCUUUAUUUACCUUAUUUAACUGGAAGCCUAGAUUUGAAUUAUAAUAGUGUGCCUUUUAAGUGAUUUUUUUGGUUGUUAUUGUUCUUAGAACAGCUAAUGAUUCUUUUGACAAGUUUUUUGGUAUUUAACUGAACUAUGUGUAAACCAGCAGUGAAACAAAUUGAAAACAUUGAGAUUGAUAGCAGUUGGUCUCUGACAUGGCAACCUUAUAGCUAAUAUAGCUGUAGUUAGGUAUAACCUUUAAUUUUGAAACAUUUUCAGAGUGGGAUAUUUAUUCCUUGAGAAAGAUACAUGUACUUAUUUUGUGAAUACUCCUUUUUUUAAAAAAAAUCUCUUCCUAAUGCCAAAAGGUGUGCUCUUCAAGUUCUAUUAUAAAACUUCUGCUUGUUUUAAAUACUGUAGUAAUUUUAUAAAUUAAUAAAACUGAGCUGUGUCAACAAUACAGGGGAAAUGUUUCAUAAAUUUGCUCAGACACUAAGGAUUUAUGUAUAGUAUGUCCUGAAAGUUAGAGAGAGGGUAACCCUUUGCUUUUUGAAAUUGUGACAGUUGGUUUGCUGUUUAUUUGAAUGGAAUUGAGUAAACAGCAAGUGCUGAAUUGUGGGGAAUGUAGGCUGGGGACCUGGAUCA